AUAGUUUCGCAAUCAUUUACAUCUCAAAAAAGGAAUCGGCAAAAAAAUUUAGUGAAACAGGAAAUAAUUAACUCUACGGAACAGGAACUGAAAAUUCAGCGUAUUAACAGAAUAACAGAGGAAGAAACGAAAAUGUCAGAUAUAAAGCUGCAAAAAGAAAACAACUUAUUAGUUCACGAACAACUUGUCCAGAAAUUAACUAUAGAACACAUGAAGCAAAUACAUAAAUUAGAAUAUCGUGAAGCCGAAGCAAAAACUCAAUUGAGCGAAUUGCGAUUGCAAAGAGAAACUAAUAUGCAAUAA